AUGGCACCUUACGAGGCUUUAUAUGGUCGUAAGUGUCGUACUUCACUAUAUUGGACUGAGUUGGGUGAACGUCGGGCUGUGGGUUCGAAGUUAAUUUUUGAGAUCGAAGAUAAGGUUAGACUAAUUCGGAAUCGUCUGAAGACGACUUCUGAUAGACAGAAGUCUUAUGCAAAUCUGAAGAGGAGAGAUAUUGAGUACUCUGUGGGUGACUUCGUUUUGCUUAAGGUUUCUUCGUGGAAGAAAGUUCUAAGAUUCGAUCGUAAGGGCAAGUUGAACCCUAGGUUUAUUGGGCUGUAUCAGAUUCUGAAGCGUGUAGGACCGGUUGCUUAUCAGUUGGAGUUACCUCCAAAGUUGAACUGUCAUUAUGAGGGUACCGAUCAAGUCAAGAAAUCAAAGUUGGGAAUUCUCACUCUCAAUUAUGAGAUGUUUAUGAUGAAGCCCGAUGAGGACAUCAAAGUUAUGUCCGAUAGAUUCACCACCAUCAUCAUCAAUAAGCUCAAAUCCUAUGGGAAGACCUAUCCCAAUGAAGAGAUAGUGAGGAAAAUGCUUAGAAGCUUUCCAAUGUCGUGGGAUGCCAAAGUUACAGCCGUUGAGGAAGCAAAGAGGGUCAAGCAAAAAAAAAAACUCGAGGAUCAUGUUGCUACUUGGAGUGAUGAAGAUUCAUCCAACAAUGAAGACCAAGAAGUAGCCAACCUUUGCCUUAUGGCCAUCAACGACUCUGAGCUCCUCUCUUCACCCUUUCCACAGCUCCUCUCUUCACCCUAUCGAUUGCAGCAUCAUCAUCUCUGCCUCAUCUUCUCUGCUAGUUCACCUCUUCUCUUUGCUUGCCUCGUUAGCGUGCCGGUUCACCUCUGCUGGUUUAUUGAAGAUGGAACUCAUAUUCGUGCAUCCGUUCCACCUAGCAUGCAAGGAAGAUUUCGUAGCCGUAAAGGGGGGACGACACAAAAUGUAUUGGCUGCCAUUACAUUUGAUUUGAAAUUUGCCUAUGUUCUAGCUAGUUGGGAAGGUAGUGUACAUGAUUCUCGUAUUUUAAAUGAUGCACUUUCACGCCUAACAGGAUUAAGAAUUCCGGAAGGUAAAUAUUAUCUUGCUGAUGCUGGAUAUGGAAUCCGAAUUGGAUGUAUUACCCCAUAUCGUGGUGUCCGAUAUCAUUUAAAAGAGUUUGCUGCUGAAGGGUCUGAAAAUGCAAAGGAGCUCUUUAAUCUUCGCCAUUCAUCAUUACGGAUCACUGUUGAACGUGUUUUUGGGAUUUUGAAGAAACGAUUUCGUGUAUUAGAUGUUGAACCAUUUUGGAAUUUUCAAACUCAAGUAGAUAUAGUUUUGACUUGUUCUAUCAUUCAUAAUCAUAUAAUGGGAGUUGAUCCUAGUGAUUUACUUAACCAAGGAUUAUACGAGGCGUCUGAGUCUGAUUCGAUAAUACAAACUCUCACGGAGCGAGAAGAAAGACAAGAAGCAAGAGAAUGGUCUGCUAAGAGAGAUGAAAUUGCACAAACUAUGUGGACUGAUUAUAUGGCUAGAAAUAUUAGGUAG